AUGGUUGUGGGCUUCAAUUUGAGCGCGACUUUGAACGUGGUUCGGUUGUUUAAGGACCCGAAACUGUGCAUUCCAAGUGUGAAGUAUGCGAACUUCAACGAGAUGAAGCUGCCAUUUCCAGGGCAUAUCAAGGCAGUAGUGCUCGACAAGGACAACUGUUUCGCCAAGCCUCACGACGACAAGGUGUGGCCCGAGUAUUCGGAACAGUGGGAGCGUCUAAAGGGGAUGUACCCUGGGGCCCGCAUGCUGAUUGUGAGCAAUAGUGCUGGGACGGACGACGAUGUCGGCCACAAGCAGGCCAAAAUUUUGGAACAACAGACGGGAGUCCCAGUGCUCUGCCACUCGGUGAAGAAGCCCGGGUGCCACGAGGAAAUCAUGGAGUAUUUCAGGCGGAACGACGUGUGCGAGCAGGCAUCCCAGGUCGCCGUUGUUGGCGAUAGGCUGUUCACCGACGUCGUCAUGGCCAACACGAUGGGAGCCUACUCCGUGUGGUUGCACGACGGGGUGAUCAAGAGCUCGAACCCGUUCGUGCUGUUGGAACAGCAGGUGUACCGCUGGAUCUCGAAGUAG